AUGACUAUCUCAGUUCUUCGGCUGACAGUUGUCCUUGGGCUGCUUGUGUUAAUCCUGACUUGCCAUGCGGAUGAUAAACCAGAUGGCAAACCAGAUGGCAAACCAGAUGACAAGCCAGAUGACUCAGGCAUAAAACCAGACUCUGGAUUCCCAGGCUUCCUAAACCUCUUGGGCACGGAGAUCAUAGAGAAUGCAGUGGAGUUCAUCCUACGCUCCAUGACAAGGAGCACGUAA